AUGGUGAAAGAUGAUUUAAACGAAUUGAAGAUUCAUUGCAUUUACAUCGACAUAGGUUGUCAAGAAAUCCUACAACUGCAACAUCUUGACAAUCAUGAAGCUGUCUACCCUGAAGAGGCUGUCACAAGAUUUUUGUAAACAAAUGAAGUUGCUCCAACGCGGCGUUUUGGAGCGACUUCGUUUGUUUACAGCCAUUAUGUGACAAUUGCUGGAGGUUACUGUUCUGGCUGUGUCGAUGAUAUGAUUAGAAUGAAUAUCAACCCAAACUCUGAUCUCUCAAUGUAUUGGAGUGAGUGUCGUGUUAAACCUGCUGAGUUGACAUACCACAGCAGUGUGCUGAAUAAUGAUCACUUGAUAGUCACCGGUGGUUAUAAUGGCAAUGCAGUAUUUGACUGUAUUCAUGAAGUCCAGCUGGUGCCUCUUUAUACUUUGACGACCUUAUCAAGAAUGCCAGAACCAAGACAGUUUCACAGCACGCAGUUAUUUGAUGAUAACUUGCUGAUCGUUGGUGGAAGUACAACUGAUAGAGUACCAAGACAACCUCAGCAGUGUCGUACUGUAUGAUGUAAAGAAGAAUGAAUGUAAACAGUUGGCACCACUGCCGUAUGAAGUGAGUAAGAUGGCAACUGUGAGAUGGGGAGACAACAUCGUUGUUUUAGGCGGCGUUGACAAACGUGAC